GGUUACGCUAAGAUACAUCAUGGUAGCGGUAAUGAAUCACACGUUAAUACCGAUAUUGGUAACGGAAAAUAUACACCACACAGUAAUGAUUUCCAUGGACAACCGACUCUUAGUCCCAACACAGAACCAGCGGAUAGAUAUGGCAAUGAUAAUUCCCAAGGGCAGCCCAGGUUUAGUUCAAACAUAGAACCAGGGGAUAUGCAUGGCCAUAAUAAUUCCGAAGGGCAGUCCAUGUCGAGCCCAAACACUAAACCAGAGAAUAGAUAUGUCAAUUAUGAUUCCCAGUGGCAGUCCCCGUCUAUUUCAAACACAGAUCCAAGAGCUGGGACUAUUCAUAAUAGAACCAAUGUUCCAAGUCCAUUAACACUAGAAGGAAGUAGUGGAGCAGGAUCGAGGCCUGUGCAUGGCGAUGUUAGACUUGUUAACGAUCUGGACAGAACAUUGCAACAUGGUGACAACUGGGUUUUUGUUAAUCAUCCGGAAAAUGUACAAGAGGGUAUCGAUGCUGAAGAUAAGGGUCGACUUUCAUCAACCAGUCAAGACACCACGAAUUAUACGAAUACGGAUGGGUAUGAUCUAAAACAAAUAGAUUUGAUCUACCUAAAACUGUUUACUAAACGAAAAUCAAUCCUGGAUAAUAUUUUACACUGUUUUUCACAGAGCGGUUACCACCAGGGGUUAAGCUUUAAUGAAGAUGGUAGUAUUGAACCACCUUUGAAUAACCAGGAGUACUUUGCCCUGAAUGUUGCCAUUAAUAAAUUUCUGGAUAUAAAAAAGGUGUUGAUAAAACAAUAUGAUCUACCAGACGGCUGGGUUGAUUCCAUGAAUGUUAUUGAAAAUAAUAUAGUUGUCGAGAGGAGAGAACUAAACAUCCUCAUAGUUGGACUAAAACAUAUCGUCCAGCGAGUAUUGGCGAAUCUACGUCAAUACACACGAAAAGCGGAUGUUAGCACAGAAGGCUUUCAACAAAAGGAACCUAAUCUAGCGGUGGUGGACAUGGAAUAUUUAUGUUCGUACCAUAUUGGAAUCAACUGUCCAUUAGAUUGUGAAUAUAUCUGUAAAGCAGGAGAUCAACUACUAUUUGAACUACAGAAGAAGUAUCGAUGUUUUAUAGAAACCAACCCAUUGAUUACUGGUACAAAGGAGAUCCACAUUGCAAAUUGGAGUUAUGAUAAGACAACUGGCUGUGCGAUUAAAAUCCCGCUGAUCAUUGGUGAUUACAGAACACUGCCAGACAAAUCUGAUAUGCUGGUGUUGGAACAAAACCAAGCGGGUCAAUGCCAUGAAUCUGGGAAGCAAAUUAGUGAUAAUUUGGCACAUUACAGGAUCAUGCCAGAUUCUUCAAAGCACGAUUUAGAAGAAGUUGUUAAGAAAGGAAGAUAUAAAACUUUAAUAUUACUGGUGGAUAAAACCACGCAGAAAACAACAGUUUCUAGUUUCAUAAAAGCUUGUAAAACUUUGACCAAAAAGAUUUAUUUUCCAAUUGAAUCAAGACCACAAAUUAAUCGUCAUCUCUUGAAAAACCUGUUGGAGAGGGGUAAAUUGGAAUAUGGAGGUCAAGGACAUUAUAUUGAAAUGAAAAUUGGUCAGAUAAACAACCAAAAGGUUGAUGUAAUUGUUGAUGUAGUAGAGAGUCAGCCACAGUCAAACAGAUAUGAUAUUAAAGAAAUAAAAACAAUGGUUGGAGCACUUCAAUACAGACUUGAAUUAAACAUUCCAUCAUAUAGUUCUGAUUUUUCAACUCCAAUAUUUAAUUUAUCGUUCUUAGUGAUGAAAUGUUUGAGGCGCGCAAGUAAGAAAAAUAUGACAAGUAUAGCAUUUCCUGUUCUGGGCGUGGGUAGUCUUGGUUAUCCAAUCCAACUAGUGGCCAGAAGUAUGAUGGAAACAAUUGAUGAAUAUUUUAGAUGUAAGAAUGAGACAUCAUUAUGUCGGGUGAUGAUAGUGAUACAUGGUGGUGAUACAAGCUCCAAGGAGGCAUUCUUUCGGGUGAAUUUAGCAAGAAUAAAAGAAGGGAAAAUGAAAGAUGAUACCGUUUAUAAAGUUAAUAUAGAAAUAACUGGAGAUAAAACAGAGAGAUUGAGGAUAGGAAGAGAAAUCGAGGAUAUUAUCACAAAGAAAGAGGUUGUCUUUAAUGAUAUUUCCGACCCAAUAAACGAAGUGAGAAUGGCAGGUGAUAGAGUUGAUGAAGUAAAUAAAAAAAAAACUAGUGAUAAAAUAGAGAGACCGACGUUAGAAAGAAAGAGCCCGACCAUGAUAGCAAGAGAGAGACCAACAAUAAAAAGAGAUAUAGUCUCUGAGAGGAAGACACCUGUAGUCGUUAAUGAUAUUUCUGGAACAAAUAGUGAAGCUCCGUGUAUACCUAUUAAUUGGAAGAAAGGUGAGUUAUUAGGUAAGGGUGGAUUUGGUGAGGUAUAUAAAUGUUAUGACAUGGAUACAGGUUGUGAAUACGCUGUUAAAAUAGUUCAACUUGGUAAUCUGAAUGCUAAAGCCCCCAAGGAAGUGCGAGCUUUAGAGAACGAAUUAAAUCUUCUGAAGAGUUUUAAAGAUGAGAGAAUAGUUCAAUAUUAUGGAUGUCAGAAUGAAGAUAAAGUAUUAUCAAUAUUUAUAGAAUAUAUGCCUGGGGGUUCAGUAAAAGACUUAAUCAAUGAAAUUGGUAGAAUUCAGGAACCCCUCGUUAGAAAGUAUUCGAGACAGGUGUUACUGGGUUUAUCCUAUCUUCAUAAAAACGACAUUGUACAUCGUGAUAUUAAAGCUGCUAAUAUUUUAAGGGAUACUCAAGGCAAUGUAAAGCUGGGAGAUUUUGGUGCCUCUAAAAGACUCGAGAAGCUUCGUAGUGCUAGUGGAUUAAAGACAUAUGUGGGAACACCCUACUGGAUGGCACCUGAAGUCAUCAAGAGUGAAGGUUAUGGUCGAAAAGCUGAUAUUUGGAGUGUUGGCUGUACGAUUGUUGAAAUGUUUUCUACUAAACCUCCGUUCCAUGAAUAUGAAACUUUUGCAGCAAUUUUUCAAAUCGGCAAUUGUAAACAUCCAAAAUAUGAACUACCAAAAGAUGUGACCGAUUUGGCCAAGGAAUUUUUAGCACUUGCAUUUCAAAUAACCCAAGGCGAUCGUCCGUCUGCCGAUGAUCUGCUAAAACAUGGUUUCGUUCAAGAUAGAACAUAGUGAUCAGGAUAAUAUAUUGUGUAUAGCAACGACAAGACUUUUUGUAAAAUCAACGGAAAAACCUUUAAACAAACCUAAUGUCUUUAGUAAACAUAAGUUUUACAUGCUAACGUUAUCUGUACCAUACACGUGUGUAUUUUGAAUGUUUGACUUGGGAGUGCAGUGUUUUUCGUCUGUCAUGAUUGGAGAUUCGUCAAGUUCAGGGUCAAGAUUGAGAUGAGAAUAAGGGAGACAACUCUAGUUAAAGUUUUGCAUAUUUUGACUGUUACGUUAGUGUUGGACAGAAAUGUUUUUUAUCUAUAAUGAUACGCGAUACAUUUAGUAAAAGUUAUGUGGAAUUCCAGUUCCAGUUUUUUUGGGGGGGUUGAUGCAAGGUAUUCAGGGUUUAGAAUCGACGAUGAGGGUAGUUAAAGUGACCAAAACAGUGUGCGUUCCCGUGUUAUUUUGUAUUUGCUGUUUUAAAUUAAAUCUAAUAAUAGUGCUGAAUAUUUUUCUGAUUUUGGUUUUAUAUUUAAUAGUAAUAAUAAUAAAUGUCCAUUUCUUAAGCGCCAAAUCCAUCCAUAAGCAUGCUCAAAGUAUGAACUAUAACCAUGCUUUUGUGGUUAUAUAUAAUAUAUAUUUUUGUCAAGUUAACUUGUUGAAAAAGUGCUAGACACAGUUUUAAUACUGAAUACAGAAUAGACGUUGCAUAUUUGUAAAUAUAUUAUUUCUUCUUUUAAUCACAUCCUCCUAAUUGUCGUUUUAUAAUACACAAGUUUAUAAGACUCGAGUUUAAAGCUUAGACCAUUAAUAUAUUAUAAAGUGUUAACAAUAACAUCUUUAAAAUUGCUGAUUAUUAUUUGCAUUUUUUGUAACAAAUACUGAUUUUAGAAAUUAGGUUUUGUCUGAUAGCGACAUAUUUCUUUGGACAAACAAAAGAGGAGUCUAUUUCUUCCAAAUCAUGUAAUCAUAAAGCACCCUUUCGCUUGCGCAAAGAACUAUGUCGCUAUGUAGGGGCGGGAUAUUUCACAUUGUACAUUAUAGCCGGUAUGUGUGUUUUAUACUAAAGAAAUGAAAUGAAAUAGGGUUUAACGUCCUACUGUUCUGCUCAGAACUGGGCUAAUGAAGACGGACAUAUGCCAUACAGUGUUUUAUGAGGGAAAUUUUGAACGGACAGCGGCACUACGGCCUACACCAAUGUGUACACUUGACCUCGGUUUUUCGUCCCAUCCGAACGACUAGACAGCUGUCCUUGUCAGGCCCUCCGUCCUGCAUUACUGACAAGAUCGAACCACGCCAGAAAACCAGAAUGAACUUUCUCGGCCUAUGCAGGGAUCGAGUUUUAUAAUAAUAUUUCUAUUAUUGUUUAAUUUUAUAUUUUAAUAGGACUCGUCUUGGUGUUUAUCAUACUACGGUUACUAUUACGGAGUUUAUGUUUCUAUUCUAUGAUGAAUUUUAUUAGAGAAAUAUAGUAGCCUUCGGUACUUUACCGGUAGUAAAAAAUAAUCCACUGUUAAGGCCAAGGCCUUGUAUAAAAGUAACAGAAUUUGAAUUCAAUAGCAUGCAAUCAUAAUUUAUAUCAAUUUCAUGUGACUUAUUUAGGGUAACUAAAUUAUACUUUUGUGAAUUGUAUACACGUCAGGUUUUUCAUAAAUCACAUUAUGUACAUCAGUUAAAAAAUGUUGAAUUUAUAAAGUUAUUGUUUGCUUGAAUAUACUUAAUAAUUCGA